AUGUCGGACCUAGGAGUUGGACAGACGGUGCGUCUGUCAGAUGGUCGGACCGGCAUCGUGCGCUUCGUCGGCACAACCCACUUCGCUAGCGGUGAUUGGGUCGGCAUCGAGCUCGAGGACGACAGCGGGAAGAACGAUGGAAGCGUUCAGGGCGAACGGUAUUUUGAUUGUGGAAUGGGCCAUGGCAUGUUCGUGCGGCCCACGACGUUGGCCAUCAUCGCCCAGGCCCCGGCGACUGCGAAGCCCGCAGCUCGCAGGCCUAGCCGGCCGAGCAGCUUCAAUCCGGGCACCGGGCGGGCGGCGACGGAUUCGGGAUUGACUAAGAGGAUGAGCCUUAACGCGCCGAGUCCGAGCCCGGGACCUAAGGGGCCUCGGCCGUCUUCGGGUAUGCUCAGGCGCCCAGUCUCCGACCAAGUCACCAACAAAACAGCUCGGAUCAGCUACAUCGAGUGGCGCGCCAUCACGAACUACUACCCCGUCAAAUACUCGCACUUCAACUGUGGGAACAAAGACGACGCGACCAGGCGCAUCAAGCACGCGAACGUCCAUGGGCCCCCCGCCGAUACCUACCACGCGGACGCGGCAGCCGUCGACUUCUUCGCAUCUUCUACCAGACGACCAUCGGCAGACAUGGGAGGUGGAAAGUCCACCGAGAGCGGGGAUGAUGCUACAUCGCCAUCCAAGGAUAUCGGCGACAACAGCCCCGUCCAGGCAAGGACAAAAGCCCUCGAGAAGCUGACAUCAGGGUCAGCCGGCCCUUCAAGUACAUCCGCGAGACCAGCGGCGACAACUACCGCCCGUUCUACAACAAACGCAGCCGCUGCCAACAAGGAAAUCGAGGACCUCAAGGCCAAGUUAAAGGUCCUUGAACGAAAGAGAUUAGAGGACAGGGAAAAACUGAAACAGCUGGAGCAAGUCCAAGGCGAGAGGGAUAGAUUCGAGUCCAUCAUCCAAAAGCUGCAAGCCAAGUAUCAACCGCAACAGAACGAGAACAAUGAGCUGCGCAAACAGUUAAAGGAGGCGGAGACUAGGUUUGAGUCCAUCGAGAAUAUCCAGAUGGAGCACGAGACGGCUUUGGAGCUGGCAACGCUGGAUCGAGAGAUGGCCGAGGAGACGGCCGAGGUUCUUAAGGUCGAGCUCGAGGCUUUGAAGCAAAAGUCGGAAGAACUGGAGCUCGAGGUGGAAAUUCUCCGCGAGGAGAACGCAGAGUUCGGACAGGGCAUGUCAUCGGAAGAGCGUGCCAGCACCGGCUGGUUACAGAUGGAGAGAACCAACGAGCGCCUUCGUGAGGCUCUUCUGCGACUUCGAGACUUGACGCAACAACAAGAGGAGGAGCUCAAGGACCAGAUUAAGACCCUGGAGAGCGACUUGCAAGACUACACCGCUGUGCAAGAGCAAUUUGAAGCAGCAAAGGAGAAGCUUGCCCAGUCUGAGGCGGCUGUUGAGGAUCUGCGCCAGCAACUGGACACGGCGCUCGGCGCCGAAGACAUGAUUGAGGAUCUGACCGAGCGCAACAUGAGCAUGUCUGAGCAGAUCGAAGAGCUCAAGGCCGUGAUUGAGGAUCUCGAGAAUCUUAAGGAGGUCAACGACGAGCUUGAAAUCAACCACGUGCAAAACGAGAAGGAGAUGCAGGAGGAACUCGACUUCAAGGACAGUGUCAUUGCUGAGCAGGCUCGACGGGCAGGCGAGCAAGAGGAGGCCUUGGAGGAUAUGGAGUACACUCUGUCCCGCUUCCGAGGUCUUGUAACCAGCCUUCAAAGUGAUCUUGAGGACAUGCGUGCAUCGCACGCAGUGACUGAGACGGAGUCUGAACAGCUCAACAGCAAGUCCCGUGCCAUGAUGGACUUGAACAUGAAGCUUCAGAUAUCUGCUUCCAAGGCCCAGGUCAAGACUAUCGACCUCGAGCUGCGCAGGCUGGAGGCUCAAGAAGCCGAGCAGCAUCUCGAGAUCGUCAAGCUCUUCCUUCCCGAUACCUACAAGGAGGACCAAGACUCUGUUCUCGCCCUGCUGCGCUUCAAGAGACUGGCUUUCAAGGCCGAGCUUCUGCAAGGCUUCAUCAAGGAACGUGUCAACGGUCAAACCCACCCCGGCCACGAAGACGACAUCUUUGCUGCAUGCGACGCCAUUGACAAGCUCACAUGGGUUGCCUCCAUGUGUGAGCGCUUCACCAAUGCCAUCAGCCACUGCUCCAUUGAGCAGUUCCAGCGAUACCAGAACGCCUUAUUUGAGCUGGAGCCUGUCGAGCGUGCUCUCAAUGGAUGGAUCGACGGCCUCCGCCGCGAUGAGCUCAAGGAGAAGAAAUGCGCGGAUGAACUCCAGCGCACCAUUGCACUCAUGUCGCAUCUCGCUGAGGUCCAUCUCACGAAUGAUUUGCCCGACUUUGCUGAGGAUACGUACAUGCAGACUCUGGUGAUGCAGAGCCACCUCGACUCUGCCGCUACCACUUUUGCUACGUUGCGCGCUAUGGUCGAACGAGCUGUGCCCGCAGAGUCUGACGAGGACGAGAUGGCGCAGCACUUUAAUAAGAAGGCCGAGCUGGUCGUCAACCAGACCCGCAGCGCCAAGGUUAUUGCUGGCAAGGCUGUCAGAGCUCUCCAGGACCUCAAGGCCAGGUCUCUGGCGCUGCCGCACGAGACCAAGGAGUCGUUUGAGCAGUGCUUGGAUGCCACCCGCCAACUUGCUGCCUUGGCUCGCGAGAUUGGUCUGGAUCUUCACCUUCUUCUGCAUGAAGAGGGCCGCAGUGAGCCGUACACGCACCGCGAGAUCCAAGAUACAAUUGCCAAGGCCACCGUUAAGGUCGCCAUGUCGAGCGAGUCCGAUCUGUUCUCCACCUACUUGUCUAGACUUCGCACCCUUACAAGUCAAAUCUCUGACUUGGCUGCACUCAGCACGGACUUGUCGCAGACCCAGGAGUUCGACGUCACUCCCGCGCCGUGGAAGCUUCGGUCCCUGGAGCUCAAGGCCAUCAAGACGAUUCCGGUCGACGCUGAGGAGGAAAUGCGCCGCCUUAAGGAGGAGCACAAUGAAGCCCGCAGGGCUAUUGCGCAGCGCGAGGAGACCCUCAGCACGGCGAACCUCAAGAUCGAGACCCUCGAGUCGCGUAUGAAGGAUGCUAAUGCCAAAGCCUCUCGUAUCGAGGAUCUCGAGGCCCAAAUCGAGGCCGCCAAGCAAAAGGCCGCCAGUCUUGCGGAGGACAUUGACAAGCAGGAUCGCGAGCUUAAGACGUUGGAGACGGACCGCGACAAAUGGAAGAAGAUUGCUGGCGACAGCAAGGCCUUCGCGGACGGUGCUGGUGCGGCGGGUGCCAAGGCUGGACAGGAGCGUGCCGUCGCCACGGCUCGGGAGAUGGACGCUCUCAAAAGCGACAUUGCAAGCCUGCAAGCCGCCGUGCGCUAUCUUCGCGAGGACAAUAGACGUGCCAGGACGACAGAGCAGCACAACUACGAUUGGCUGGCCGAGCCACUCACAAAGACCCCGUCGGUCGUCGAGCAGCGUCGUGCCUUGGUCAUGGCCGAGGGCAAGGACGUGCUUAGCGAAUUAGUCAAGUUCACAACAUCUGCAAAGGUGUACGAUCUGGGAACUUUGCCAGAAGACAAGCUGGCUUCGAAGCCGGCUCGCAGUACCCCGCAGUACCAUGCGGCCAAGCAGAAGGAGGACCUCGCGGCGUGGAAGGGCUGGCGGGACUCGGUGCUGAAGAAGUCGGAGGUGGUACUAGGCCGCAAGGAUGCCGCGGCGCAGAAGAAGCAAAUGAUGAGAAGCGUGGCGGCGAGGCUGCAGAUCCGUCUGCCGGACGCGGACGGCAAGAUGGUGCCCGGCGGCGGGCGAGACGUGCAAAUUGUUGGAUCACGCGAGUGGGAAGGAUUGCAGGGCCGCUUGGCGGCAGUAUGA